GACUUGGUAAAUAUUGAGAUGUUUUUGACUGCUAAAGAAGUGGAAGAGUCAUUGGAAAGACAGGAGACUAUGACUUGCUUGGCUUGGUGUCAUGAUAACAAAUCCAGGCUCAGAAAAAUGAAGGGGCGCCAAAAUGAGAAUGAACCGAAGAUGGGACGCAAAAGUAAAUCGGCCAGUGAUUACUCUAAAGAAAAUGAUGAUCUUGUUAUGGAAACCAUUAAAGGAAAACCAGAAUUGAGCUGUCUGGAGUUCAGCCUAAGGAUUCAGGAGUUCAUUGAACUCAUUCGGCAGAACAAGAGACUGGAUGCUGUGAGACAUGCAAGAAAGCAUUUCAGUCAGGCUGAGGGAAGCCAGCUGGAUGAGGUUCGACAAGUGAUGGGAAUGUUGGCCUUUCCUUCAGACACUCAUAUCUCCCCCUAUAAGGAUCUCUUGGACCCUGCUCGAUGGAGAAUGCUGAUCCAACAGUUUAGAUACGAUAACUACAGACUACAUCAGCUGGGAAACAAUUCUGUUUUUACUAUAACACUCCAGGCAGGCCUUUCAGCUAUAAAAACACCGUAUCCUUUAAUGCAGAUACUACUGUCGAGUGCAAAAAAGCAUU